CUUCAACACUUUGUCAUCUUCAAUUGAAAAAAAAAAAAAAAACAGAAACCAAAGCUCUGCUUCUUUGAGCAACAACAAUGGUGGAAACAACUCCUAAACUCAAAGGCCACGUCGUAAUCUUACCUUACCCAGUUCAAGGUCACCUAAACCCAAUGAUUCAAUUCGCUAAACGUCUAGUCUCCAAAAACGUCAAAGUCACAAUUGCCACCACUACCUACACCGCUUCCUCAAUCACAACUCCAUCAGUCUCCGUCGAACCAAUCUCCGACGGAUUCGAUUUCAUCCCCAUAGGUAUCCCUGGUUUCAGCGUCGAUACUUACUCAGAAUCCUUCAAGCUCCACGGAUCCGAAACCCUAACUCUCCUAAUCGAGAAAUUCAAAUCCACAGAUUCACCAAUCGAUUGUUUAGUCUACGAUUCGUUUCUUCCUUGGGGACUUGAAGUUGCUAGAUCUAUGGAUGUUUCAGCUGCUUCUUUCUUCACUAACAAUCUCACUGUUUGUUCUGUGUUGCGUAAAUUUUCUAACGGUGAGUUUCCUCUUCCCGCUGAUCGUAAUUCGGCGCCGUUUCGAAUCCGUGGCUUGCCGUCUUUGAGCUACCAUGAGUUACCUUCGUUUGUGGGACGUCAUUGGUUGACUCAUCCGGAGCAUGGGAGAGUUCUUUUGAAUCAGUUUCCUAAUCAUGAAAAUGCUGAUUGGUUAUUCGUUAAUGGCUUUGAGGGGUUAGAAGAAACACAAGAUUGUGAAAAUGGUGAGUCUGAGGCAAUGAGGGCAACGUUGAUAGGACCGAUGAUUCCAUCGGCUUACCUUGAUGAUCGGAUAAGAGAUGAUAAAGACUACGGGGCGAGUCUACUGAAACCGAUAUCGAAGGAAUGUAUGGAGUGGCUUGGGACUAAGCCGGCUCAGUCGGUAGCAUUCGUUUCGUUUGGUUCGUUUGGGAUUCUGUUUGAGAAGCAGCUCGCAGAGGUAGCGAUUGCGUUACAAGAAUCGGAUUUGAACUUCUUGUGGGUGAUUAAAGAAGCUCAUAUCGCGAAAUUGCCCGAAGGGUUUGUGGAAUCGACUAAAGACAGAGCGUUGUUGGUUUCUUGGUGUAACCAGCUCGAGGUUUUAGCUCAUGAAUCGAUCGGUUGCUUUUUGACUCAUUGUGGUUGGAACUCGACAUUGGAAGGGUUGAGUUUGGGAGUUCCGAUGGUUGGUGUGCCUCAGUGGAGUGAUCAGAUGAAUGAUGCAAAGUUUGUGGAGGACGUUUGGAAAGUUGGGUAUAGAGCGAAAGAGGAAGCUGGUGAAGUAAUUGUGAAGAGCGAAGAAUUGGUGAGGUGUUUGAAAGGAGUUAUGGAAGGAGAGAGUAGUGUGAAGAUUAGAGAAAGUUCGAAGAAGUGGAAAGAUUUGGCUGUGAAGGCAAUGAGUGAAGGAGGAAGCUCUGAUCGGAGCAUUAACGAGUUUAUAGAGAGUUUAGUGAAGAAACAUUGAUUUAACUUUGUAAAUCAUGAAAUGUAUGUGUUUGUUGUUGUUGUAUAACAGCUUUGUACCAAGAUGAUUAUGAUUCAAUAAACCAAUUGUGCUUGU